GCGUACUCGAAGGCAGCGCGGCAGGAGCAGCAGCCAGCAGUACACCACUAGCGCAGCAGCGGUUGGCCACCACCCGACCCGACGCCGGAGGAGGAGGCGGCGGCGCGGCGAUGGCGGGGAAGCGCAACGGCUACGACGACGACAACGUCAACCCCUUCGCGGGAGGAAGUGUUCCACCAGCCACCAAUUCUCGGCUCUCACCUCUAUCGCAUGAACCGGCUGAUUUCUACAAUGUAGACAUUCCUCUUGAUUCAACAAAGGAUCUGAAGAAAAAGGAGAAAGAGCUCCAGGCUAUGGAGGCUGAGCUAAACAAAAGAGAAAGGGAAUUGAAAAGGAAGGAAGAGGCAGCAUCCCGAGCUGGCAUUGUGAUAGAAGAGAAGAAUUGGCCUCCCCUUUUCCCUCUCAUCCACCAUAACAUUUCCAAUGAGAUACCUAUCCAUUUACAAAGGACGCAGUACCUUGCAUUUUCGUCAUUUUUGGGAUUGAUAGGAUGCCUCUUUUUUAAUGUCAUAGCAACUACAACAGCAUGGAUUAAAGGGGAAGGUGUUAUCAUCUGGUUGCUUGCCAUUAUCUACUUCAUAUCUGGUGCACCUGGGGCUUAUGUGUUAUGGUAUCGCCCUCUUUAUAAUGCAAUGAGAACUGAGAGUGCUUUGAAGUUUGGGUGGUUUUUUCUGUUUUACAUGAUUCAUAUCAUCUUCUGUGUGUGGGCAGCUGUGGCUCCUCCGUUUCCUUUCAAAGGAAAAUCCUUGGCUGGAAUUUUGCCAGCAAUUGAUGUCAUAAGCAAGAGUGCUAUUGUUGGGAUAUUUUACUUUGUUGGAUUUGGCUUGUUCUGCCUUGAAUCACUUCUGAGCAUCGCUGUCAUUCAGCAAGUAUACAUGUACUUCCGUGGAAGUGGAAAAGCCGCAGAGAUGAAACGUGAGGCGGCACGUGGUGCUCUAAGUUCUGCUUUCUGAUGAACAUACGGCUCUGAUUACAGCCAGUUGAUGGAUAGAAGGAAACCAGAUGUGUCAUUUGAGGCAUGGGAUCUUGUACAUCGCGGCAGUACGCGUAUUUCGAUCUUGGAAAGCGUACAGCUGAUCCGCUUUUUGUCCUUCUGUAGACUGUAAGAUACGAACAUUCCUCGUAUUAAUGCGUCAGGGUGUCGUUGGUUUCCAUUUCUUGCCACGGUUUAGAUGUGGUUGAUAGGCAUAACGGUGGAUUGUUGGUGGAAUAGUAGGAUAUGAUGUAUUUGUAUACGCUUGAUGUGAGUGAAAUCGCUUGGUUAUACAGGAUGGUUUAUGCUGUCUUGUUGGCCAAGACAGGAUGGUUUA